UGUUUCUUCUCCAGAUAUCAAAACAUUAGCGAAGCAAACAAGUCACCCAAAGUUGACAAAAACAGCAUAUCCUAUGUCGGAUUCCUACCUGAAAAACAGCAUUAUUCAUGGUAGUUUGGUACCCCAUAAAUUUGUGAUAUCGAGUUGGCUGGCUGUGCACAGCCUUCUAUAAAUACCCGUGAAAACCCAGCCGCUCCUCUCGGCUCCACCUUAAUUUCACCUUGCAUCUUGUGAGUUGUGACCAUGGCAACGGGGAGAAGCAUGGCGCUGGCGCUCCUCGCCCUCGCCGCCUCCGCGCUGGCCAUGUGCCCCGCGUCCCUCGCCGUGACGUCGCCGUACCUGCGCCCGGCGCCGAGGGCGGCGCUCUCGUUGCUCAAGGACGACGACGCCGACGACCAGACGCCGCAGCAGUUUCAGGUGCACAUAUCAAUGGUAGGCCUUGACAAGAUGCGGAUGACUUGGAUCACCGACGGCGACGCACCGGCGGCCGUCGAGUAUGGCACGACGUCAGGGCAAUACCCGCUCUCAGCAACCGGUAACACGACGACCUACAAGUACACCCUCUACCACUCAGGGAAGAUCCACGACGCCGUCACUGGCCCGCUGCAACCCAGCACGACGUACUACUACCGGUGCAGCAAUAGCUCGUCGCACGAGUACUCCUUUCGGACGCCGCCGGCGACCCUCCCCUUCAAGUUUGUCGUCGUUGGAGACCUUGGCCAAACUGGAUGGACGGAGUCCACGCUGCAGCACAUCGCGGCCGCCGACUACGACAUGCUCCUCCUCCCCGGCGACCUGUCGUACGCCGACUCCAUCCAGACGCGGUGGGACUCGUACGGCCGCCUCGUGGAGCCGCUGGCGAGCGCGCGGCCGUGGAUGGUGACCCAGGGAAACCACGAGAUCGAGAAGCUGCCGCUCCUCGAGCCGAAGCCCUUCAAGGCCUACAACGCGCGGUGGCGCAUGCCGUACGACGCCGGCGCCUCGCCGUCGGGGGACAACCUCUACUACUCCUUCGAUGUGGCCGGCGGCGCGGUGCACGUCAUCAUGCUGGGUUCGUACACCGACUUUGCCGCCGGCAGCGCGCAGCACCGGUGGCUCCAGCGCGACCUCGCGGCGAUCGACCGUGGGAAGGCGGCGUUCGUGGUGGCGCUUGUGCACGCGCCGUGGUACAACAGCAACGAGGCGCACCAGGGGGAGGGCGACGCCAUGCGCGGCGCCAUGGAGUCCCUCCUGUACGGCGCGCGCGUGGACGCCGUGUUCGCGGGGCACGUGCACGCGUACGAGAGGUUCGCGCGCGUGUACGGCGGGAAGGAGGACCCGUGCGGGCCGGUGUACGUGACCAUCGGCGACGGCGGGAACCGGGAGGGGCUGGCGGAGAAGUACGUGGACCCGCAGCCGGCGACGUCGGUGUUCAGGGAGGCGAGCUUCGGGCACGGGCGCCUGGAGGUCGUUAACGCGACGCACGCGCUGUGGACAUGGCACCGGAACGACAAUGACCAGGCGGUGGUCGCCGACCAGGUCUGGAUUACCAGCCUCGCGUCCAAUCCGGCGUGCAACAAGAACAAAAUGUAAUCAGACCAUGUUUUACUAGCGUCUAGCGUUAGCAUGAUAUCGAUAUCUUCGUGAUUAAAUUGUUCGUGUGAUCAAGCUAAUAAAUAGUAGAUAACGGGGUUAUAGCAGAUAGUGGGCGAC